AUGGCAACCGUUUCCAAUGAUCGAAUUCCCACCAAUCUCCCGAUUCUUGAUUCGAAGAACUAUGAUAAAUGGGCAAAACAAAUGAGGGUUUUGUUUGGUUAUCAAGAGGUGCUUGAGAUCGUCGUCAAUGGAGUUACACAAUUAGGGGCAGAGGCUACCGACAUUCAAAGAGCUACACACAAAGAAGAGAAGAAGAAGGAUUACAAAACCCUAUUCUUGAUUCAUUCUUGUGUUGAUAACGACAAUUUCGAGAAGGUUGGUGAUUGUGAAUCGGCGAAGCAAGCAUGGGAAAUCUUGGAGAAAGCAUAUGAUGGUGCCGUCAAAGCGAAGGUUGUAAGGUUACAAACUUACAAGCGACAAUUCGAGUUAACACAAAUGGAAGAUAAAGAAACGAUCAACGACUACAUUACGUGCAUUACCCGGUUAGUUAAUCAAAUCAAAUCUUGUGGGGAAACGAUUCUUGAGCAGAAUGUUGUAUUGAAAGUAUGGUGUUCGUUAACGCCGCGUUUCGACAACAUAGUUGUGGCUAUUGAAGAAUCAAAGGAUCUAACAACUUUGAGCAAGGAUGAAUUGCAAAUUUCGUUAGAGGCACAUGAACAAAGGAUGGAUGAGAGAGGCGCCGACAAAUCCAAAGCGGAGAUUGCUUUGCAAGCGCGUUUCAAUGAGAAGAAUAAGAGGUCGAAAGGAAUUUGCGGCGAGAGAAAGUUUGGACACUUUGCAAAUUCGUGUCGUGGUAAAUUGAACGAGAAUCACAAUAAUGAAGCCAAGGUUGCUAGGGAAGAGGUAGAUGAUGAGGACACACUUCUAGUAAUAAUCACGGAGGGGAGUUAUAACAUUACGGAUGUACCGGGCAGCAACUACUGUAGUGACAGUUUGCGGGAUAGCAGCUGUACCAUUCCGGAAAAUAGCGAGAAAAUGCAUUCGGAUCGAAAUGCGUUGGUUACCGUUCGUGAUGGAGUCCAAGGGAGAGAUGAGUGGUACUUGGAUUCCGGUUGUUCAACACAUAUGACGGGUCGAAAAGAUUGGUUUGUGAAAAUCAAUCAAGCGGCAAAAAGUAAAGUCAAAUUUGCCGAUGACACCAUUUUAAGCGCUGAAGGGGUAGGAGAUGUUUUGAUCGGAAAAAGGAAUGAUGGACAUUCGAGGAUCAAAGAUGUCUUGUAUAUACCGGGAAUUGAGUGUAAUCUUUUAAGUAUUGACCAAUUACUUGAAAGAGGAUACAAAAUUCGGUUGGAGGACAAGAUUUUAUGCGUUUUGGAUUCAAAUGGUGUGUUGAUUCUAAAAGUGCCGAUGGCUGCCAACAGAACCUUUAAGGUUGAGUUAAAGGUUAUAGAGCAUCGUUGUCUAGCUACCACGGCAAGCAGAGAUGAGUGGUUAUGA